GUAAUAAUAUAUAUAAAUAUAAUACUAACAACAAAAUAUUAGUUAUCCUUGCCUUUGUCGCAGCAUACUAAUAACAAAUAACGAAGAUAAGUUAGGAAAGGGAAGCUGGAUUUGUUAGAUAAGAAACAUAUAUCGUUUAGUGGUGAUUUUGAUUACUCUCAUCGUGAUCUGAAUCAAAUAAUAAUGCAUUCAACUUAGAUCUUCCUCAAUUAAAACAACCAAUAAGAAUAGUGUGAUAUAUAAUAUAAUAUACAUUUAUACAUAUACUACAUUAAUAUAUAUAUAUAUAUAUACACGCACACGCGCGCAUACAUAGGUAUAUAUCGUAAGGAGUGUCUCCAUAGCAAUUGUUUAUCAUUUGUUUGAUGGUGGCGAGAAAACGACACCAGGUUCUGUUGUAUUUUGCAAGGUUACAUUACACACGUCCUAUCGAUUCGGGAACGAACCAAAAAUAGGGUUUUCACUUCACUCGGCCGACAUUAGAAGAACAAAAAAGAAGUAACGAAUAAAAUAACAGUAGAAGAGUGGACAGGAAUUCAUUAUACAAAAGCCUUGUUCACCGUACUUGACACGGAGUGCCUGCGAAAGUAAUAAUUAUAAUUAAAAGUAAUAAUUUAGAUGAAUAUACUGUUAUGAGUGUGUCCAGCAAUAAACAACUUAAUGCCAAUUCGUUGUGUAACAAUCUAGUCAAUUAGUCCGAAUCUCAUUUCACUUCUCUUGUAUCGACUUGCAUUUAUUUAUUGUUUCGAUUUAAACACACCGAAUUUUUUAAUCUAAAUAAAAGGAACAAAUUAAAUUUUUUGUUAAAAAUGUCACAAUUGGUACUCUGUAAUUCGAAUAAUGAUAAUAACAACAACAGCAAUGAUAAUCUUAGUGAAGAUUCGACAACGCCACUCACCAUUUAUCGGUGUCGUGCACCGAUAGCUAGUUUGGACUGCAUGGAGGAGUUCAGCGCGGGCAGCGGCCUCAGCGCCCUUGCAGAACGGGACAGUACCAUCACCAAAGAGAGGCUCCUCCUGAGUGGACUCACCCAUUCAGCGCCUGCAGCACCGAUGCAGCUCAGCAGACAGACCUCCAUCACACCUGGACUCCGAUACAAGAAUCUCGGCAAAAGUGGCCUUCGUGUCUCAAACAUUGGACUGGCCACUUGGUCUACGUUCAGUUCGGGUGUGACGGAAGAGCAGGCUGAACAGAUAAUCGUGCUGGCUGUGGAUAGCGGAAUAAACGUGUUCGAUUUGUCGGAAGCGUACUCUGGUCCUCGGGCUGAGAUCGAAUUGGGAAGAAUACUCACGCGGAGGGCGUGGAAGAGAAGUAGCUACAUCGUGACCACGAAGAUUUACUGGAGCACCAGAUCGGAUGAACGAGGCCUGAGCCGUAAGCACAUUAUCGAGAGUGUAAAAUCGAGUCUGACACGCCUGCAGCUGUCCUACAUAGAUGUGGUCAUUGUUCACAAAUCGGAUCCCAUGUGUCCGAUGGAAGAAAUUGUCCGCGCCAUGCAUUACUGCAUAUCGCAGGGAUGGGCUAUGUACUGGGGCACAGCACGAUGGUCUCCUGUUGAGGUAAUGGAAGCUUACACCAACUGUAGACAAUUCAACUGCGUUACGCCCAUCGUCGAGCAGACCGAAUACCACAUGUUCUGCAGGGAGAAGACCGAGCUGUACAUGCCGGAAUUGUACAAUAAGAUUGGCGUCGGGUUGAUGGCCUGGUCUCCAGUUUCGAUCGGGAUGCCACAAGGGAAGGAAGACGCAACCGCGCAAUUGUUUGCUCGCGCCAGCUUCCGAAACAAAUACAGCUCCUUUUCUUGGACAGAAGAUGAAACCGUCAAUAAAGAGAGCUACAGUUGGAUGAAGGAUAGAAUACAGCCUGAAGAAUCACGCAGACAAACGGAAAGAAUUCGGGAACUGAAUGCGCUGGCCGAACGUUUAGGCUGUACUUUGUCUCAAUUGAUAAUAGCUUGGUGCUUGAAGAACGAAUCUGUCCAAUGCCUACUUUUAGGUGCCACCACUGUAGAUCAACUGUAUGAAAGUAUUCAAUCACUACAGCUUGUGCCGAAAUUAAAUACUAAUAUGAUGACUGAAAUCGAGAGGAUUUUGGAAAAUAAACCGACAAGGCCACCCAUGAUAUCCACCCUGGCGCUUAGAUGACAAUCAAUGUGCCCCCCUGGUUCUAUCAGUGGGAAUCAGGGAGGCACGAGCAACGUAGAUAGUCCGAAAGACGAUGAUUUUAGCAACGCUGAAAUGGAAAACAAAGAUAAUCAAAAAAUGCCGUUCUGUGAGAUUCAGUGACAUAAGGUGACCGAGUUUGUAAAAACUCGCAAAAUAAAGACCCCGGACGAAAAGCCUGCGACUCGAGAGAAAGUACGUUGGUCCUAUAGUCCCGACGAAGGACCAAAAUGUACCAUAGAAACACUUCUAGCAAAAAAGACGAAGGAUAAAAAAUCCUCAUCCUCGAGCAGUCCGGUGCAAGUAUAAAGCAAAACAAACAAAAAAAAACUUUAAAUCUAGGCACAUUUUCGAAACACGCAGCGCAUUCAAAUUUAAAGCAAAUUGAUAAUAGGAAAUGCUGUAUUUAAUGGAAGAGGUUACUGCAGCUUUUAUAGUGAUCUGAAUAUUUCCAACCGAAAUCUUUGCUGGUAGAUUUGCAGAAGCAAAAAUAACCUAAAAUGGAUUAAUAGAGUUAAGAGAAGAAUUUCUGUCAGAGCGAAGCUCUUACUACAUUACACAUCCACACUACACUUUUGGAAGAAGCGGGCGAUGGUGGAUGGCCAAAUAUCGGCGUAUUCGAUGAAGAAGACAAAUUAUACCAUGUACCAUUUAUCACGUAAUAUUUUCUUAUAAUUACUCCUGUCAUUUAUAUACACGCUAAACUAUUAAAGAAAAUUAGAAUAACAUUUUUGAACGAUGAAGAACCGACAGCACGCGUCAAGUCCCAGUUCUUCAUUACAUAGAUUUUAUCAUUAAAAAAAAACGUAUAUAACCAAUUUAUCUCAAAAAAAAGAAGACAAAAAAAAUGUUUGAAAAGCGAGAAAAUAAUCUCUUAGAUACACUUCGUUUAUUGUUUCUUGAUAUUUUCAGAGCUUCCUUUAUGAAUUCUACUGUAGUCACGAUAUAUCGGAUUGUUAAUAUGCAACAGAAAUUCGCUACCGAUCGUUUUCUUUGUUCAUCACCCAUUUAAUUUAAGGUAUCUUGCAGGCAAACCUUGCAGAAUAAAUUUGUCAAUGUCAAAUUUGAUGCGCGGAAAUGAGAACGAACCUCUAUGGAGCCUUAAAACGAUUCGUGUAAAUACUAUAUAAAAAAAACAAAUAUCGGCAUUAAUAUAACUGAACCAAUACCAGGCGAAACCAUAAUUAAGCAAGUAAAAGUGAUUAAAUACAUUGCAUUGGCUUCGUUGUCAAUUCAAUUCAAUUAUGUUAACAGACCAGCACGAAGCUAAAUAAAAUUCAAUUAAAAU